UCUACCUUCACUUUUGGGUUCAUGGGUGCUUGAAUAAAUGAUUGUAUCUGGAAUAAAAGAUUUUGAUAGCUCUAUCUCUUCCUAUUAAUUAAUCCCUGAAGGCUGUCGAUUCUGUUAGCAACAUUGUACAAUCACUAACCAACCCUUCCAUCCGCAACCUUACAACUCCUACACUCCUACACUCUUACACAUCCUAUAACAAGAAAGAAGAAAGGAGGAAAGGAGGAAAGAAAAAAAUGGUCGUCAAAGAAAUCACCUCCUAUACAACCCUCCAACAAACAAUCCAAUCCCCAACACCCACAAUAAUCGAUUUCACAGCCGGCUGGACCGGCCCCUGUCGCCCGAUGUUCUCGGCCUUCGAGCAGAUCUCCCACACAACCCCACAUAUAGCGUUUUACCGGAUGGACGUGCGGAAAUUGUCGGAUGAGGAGAUCGCCACGUUGGGGAUUGUGGCUAUGCCAACGUUUAUGGCUUUUCGGGACGGGAGGAAGGUGAGGGAUUUGGUGGGGGGCAGUCCGGGGGUUUUGGAGGGGUUUGUUCUUGGGGUUCUUUGA